UUUGUUCUUCCCGUCGCUGGUUUCGUCUCGCGAGUUGAAAUGUACUUUAAAAUGUCAAAUACAUUCAUUUUUUGGCUUAUGGGAGAGGUGAAAGUGAACCUGCUCCUACAGUGAUGAACGAGAUCGAAGAUUCAAAAAGCAGAAAAAUAAAUACAUUCUUUGGUGCAGGCGUUUCUGCGGAAGAAUAGAGAGAGGAACAUAUAAAUCUUGAUCAGAAUUUCAAGAAGCGCUAGAAUGAAAUGCACCAGCGAGGGGGCGAUAGCCGUCAUUAUCACUCUACUUUGCAGGAUCAGCGACCAGUACAAGCCAGUCUUUCUUCUGCAUGGGGUUUCAGGGAACUCUACCACCUUUGAGCACCUCAUCGAGAGAAUAAACCAGGCACAUCCAGGCACCGUCAUCCACAAUUCUAACGCUUAUCCAGACGCUCGCAGUCUAACCCCGCUUCCGGUUCAAAUAGCAGGAGAGCUUGGCGAAGAAUUUCGAAAUUUUUCCAUGAAGUAUCCAGAUGGAUUUCAUUUUAUCGGAUUUUCUCAGGGGAGCGUUUUAAGCAGGGGUCUGAUCGAGUCGUACGAGGAACACACCGUCCAGAAUUACAUCGCCAUUUCAGGACCGAUGGCUGGUCAAUACGGGCCAAGCAGUUUAGGUAACUUCCCUUUGCCCUACCAGACAGGGUUCCUCGUGUUUUACAACCCUAUAGUGCAACGCGCCGUCUCCAUAUCUAACUAUUGGAACGACCCCAACCAUCAGGACCUGUAUCAGAUGACCAGCAUUUACCUUCCGUACAUCGACAAUCAAGUCCUCUCAUCCUCUAGUGAAUCCUACAGAAGGAGCUUUACGAAGCUCAAGAAUUUAAUUUGCAUCGGUGGACCUCAAGAUGGUGUCAUAUCGCCGUGGCAAUCUAGCCAUUUUUCAUACAUACAAACAAACGGAGAAAUCAUCAACUACAGAGAGCGAGAGCUUUACAUGAACGACUCCUUUGGUUUGCGGACUCUGGACCAAUCAGGGAGAUUUCACAUCUUUGAAAAAAGCGACGUUUUUCACUCCGAUUGGGCUUCAAAUGAUGAUGUCAUAGAUCGAUUUAUUCUUCCGUUUUUAGAUUAA